GCUCUGGAGGUGGAGCUGUCGCUGUUCCCGAUCCUAUAUAUGCAUCUGAUGCAGCAGAGACCCCGCUCUUCAUGGAGAUCUUCAAACACCCUCCUCCAGCGCGAAUAAACGCCUCUGGACUGAAGGAAACACACUGUUUAAGAUUCAGUACAGACAACUCCUGCUCCAAACAAGUUAAAGAUGCCCUACCUACCAAACCAGUGACCCCCAGAAAAGCCUACAGCCUUCCUAUUCAACUGCUUGUCUACAAUGAACACUUCUGAGACCACCCUGCCCUUCUGGGGCAUGCAUGUCAACUCCAGUCCUGCUUCAUACAUCCUGAACGCCACUGAGACCCCAUCCCACAACAAGCCGAAAGCAUGCGAGCAGCUCAACAUCGCCACAGAGGUUUUCCUCAUCCUUGGCAUCGUCAGUCUGCUGGAAAACAUCUUGGUCAUCUGCGCCAUAGUAAAAAACAAAAACCUACACUCGCCCAUGUAUUUCUUCGUCUGCAGUCUGGCAGUAGCCGACAUGUUGGUGAGCGUCUCCAACGCGUGGGAAACCAUAGUCAUCUACCUGCUCACCAAUCGCCAGCUUGUGGUGGAAGACCAUUUCAUCAGACAGAUGGACAACGUGUUUGACUCAAUGAUCUGCAUCUCUGUGGUGGCGUCCAUGUGUAGUCUCCUUGCUAUAGCUGUCGAUCGCUAUGUCACAAUUUUUUAUGCUUUGCGAUACCACAAUAUCAUGACGGUGCGUCGAGCUGCGCUCAUCAUCGGAGGGAUUUGGACCUUCUGUACUGGAUGUGGAAUCGUCUUCAUAAUCUACUCCGACAAUACAUCCGUCAUUGUGUGUUUGGUCUCCAUGUUCUUCAUCAUGUUAGCGCUCAUGGCCUCCCUUUACAGCCACAUGUUCAUGCUGGCACGUUCUCACGUCAAACGCAUUGCUGCUCUGCCAGGCUACAACUCCAUCCACCAGAGAGCCAGCAUGAAAGCAGCCGUCACCCUGACUAUCCUUCUGGGAAUCUUCAUCGUCUGCUGGGCUCCCUUUUUCCUCCAUCUCAUCCUCAUGAUUUCCUGUCCCAGAAACCUUUAUUGCAUGUGCUUCAUGUCUCACUUCAACAUGUACCUCAUCCUCAUCAUGUGCAAUUCCGUCAUCGACCCACUCAUUUACGCUUUCCGGAGUCAGGAAAUGCGGAAAACGCUCAAGGAAAUCAUCUGCUGCUAUAGUCUGAGAAACGUCUUUGGAAUGUCUAGGUAACGACAGACUUAAGAAAUAACUGGAUUAUCACUUCAAAACUUUCCGUCUUAAAGUUUCUCUUGAUUUAGAUGGAUAUGAUCGGUGGAUUUUAUGCAUGUAUGGAUGGAUUUAGAUGGAUUGGAACUCAUACAAUGUAAAAAAAUAUGAUCCUCUGUCAGGCAAAUUCUAGAACUUGGAACUCUUCAAUAAACAAAGAUGCAGAAUAAUGCAUAAUGAUGAGACAUUUGCUGGAGAAUUAAGAAGGCCUUAGUAAUCAUCGAACAUUAUAAUCUUUGACAGACAAUGUGAUUUAAUAUCACAAUCUCCAGGGAAACGGAAGAGCUGUUGAUCAAAGCCUGUGGGGAAAUCAAGUGCAAUCAUUCUCAAAUUAACUGUGCAAAACACAGCCUGUCGUUGACAUUUAUGUUGUACAGGUGACAUGAAACUGUAAUAUAGCAUGCACUGUGUGGCUGCAUGCACUGUGUGGUUGGCAAAGAAAGUACAAGACCCUCCCAAGAUGAAAUUCAAAGACAAACCAUUGCUAGACUGCCAUCUAAUUAAAAAAAGGCAUCAUUUAGACACACAUUACAAGACUGAAAGAUAAAGUACAAUGCACACUGGUACAAAAUAAAGACACAGAGUGACAGUGGCAUAUAUGGGUUCACUGUCAUGCUCUUCACUAAAUGUAAAGUUUAAAUGUGUGAGAAAAUGACUUUAAAAUUGUCUUUAAAGGCAUCAACAUGUUUGUAAUAGAUAUAAACUUUCCAGGUAUGCCUGUCUAACAAUCUGUGGAUGUCUAUGUAGCUGCAAAUAGAAAGUAAAAGUAUAUACUACGACUAUAUAUGAUAAGUAUUACUGUGCAACCACCAAAAUAAAAAGCAGAUAUAAACAUUGCUCACUUGUUCUCACAACAAACAAUCUUACACGUGUGGGCGAUUUGUGUAUUAUAAAAGCACGAAUAUGUACUUGAAAUUAUGAGUUUUCUCCUUGUUUGCUGUAUUUACCAUGGAACCUUAAAAUGUAAAGAGAUUAAGUUCUGUUGCUUUUUAAUGUGAAGUAUGUGCAUUUUUCAGGUUGAAAAUCAAUGCUCUUUGUUUGCUGCUCACAGUCUUGAGUCACUGGAUAAGUAAAACUGUACUGAAAUUAUGGAAAUGAAAGUGUUUUGUUGGUUGCUGUUGCAUCAAGCCUGCCACUCUAUAACAAUUACGGUCAGGACAAACAAUUGCCAGAAAUAAAAAUCAGGAUUAUAUAAAGAAUUACACCAAUUAACCAAUGUUAAUUUACUGCAAACCACAUUCGUUUACGCACAAUUGCUAUUAACUGGAUGCAAUUAUAUUGAUGUGUUCAGGAAGCUGGGGCUUGUUGUCAUACUGUACAUUUUGGUCACACUUUAUUUUGAUGGUCCGUUUGUUGAAUUUAAGUUACAUUGCAUCUACAUGCCAACUAAUUCUCAUUAGAUUAUAAGUAG